AGCAACAGAAACCCGACCUGAGUGCGAUAUGAACGGUUCUCAGCUCACAGAGCUCCCGGACGACUCCGAGCAUCUGAGGCCGUACUUGGUGAACCUCAGGCGGGCAGCCCUGCAGGCCGAUGAGCUCUCCGCUGUGGGAACCUUCUCCGACUGCUUUCUCAUCAGGUUCCUCCGCGCCAGAGACUUCGACCUGGCGCUCUCUCUGAAGCUCUUGCUGAACUACCUGCACUGGAGGAAGGAGAGUCCUGAGAUCAGCACAUGCCUGUCUCCUUUAUCUGUGUUUGGCCUCCUCAAAACAUCAUACCAUGCUGUUCUCCCACAACGGGAUCGCGCUGGCAGCAGGGUGCUUAUCUACAGGAUUGGGCAAUGGAACCCAAAAGACUGGUCAGCCCUCCAGGUGUUCAGGGUCAGCCUGAUGACAUCGGAAAUCAUCUCCAGGGAGACAGAAACCCAGAGGCGAGGUGUUAAGGCAGUAUUUGACCUAAAGGGGUGGAGUUUAGGCCAUGCCCUGCAGAUUAACCCUUCCCUCGCCAGAAAGAUAUCCUCUGUGCUUUCGGACUCCUUUCCACUAAAAGUGAGAGGAAUUCAUCUGGUCAAUGAGCCAAUGUUCUUCCGUCCAGUGUUUGCAAUGAUUCGGCCCUUUUUGCCAGAUAAGAUCAAGCAGAGGGUCCAUAUGCACGGUACAGACUUUCACCACACUUUAAGUGACUUCUUCUUGCCAGAUGUUUUGCCUCCAGAGUAUGGAGGAAAUGGUUCAGGAAUAGAAGAUGUCUGUCAUGCUUGGACCCAGGAACUGCUUCAAUCUGAGAACCUCCUGAAGAAGAUUGCUUCUCACCCAACAGGAGACACUUCCACAAGUGCUGGAGAUGCCUUGAUUUCAGAGGAAAAUGAGACAAAGCAACUCACUGAAGGACGAUGUUUGGGACCAUGAUACCUUGGAAUAGAUACAACCAGCAAAAAACAGUAGGCUGCACAGGUUGCUGAUUGAAUGAUAACCGCUGUCUGUACAUGACAAACAACGGUGCUGCCUCAUACCUUUCACCACCGAACAAUCUGAGUGAUGGUGCGUUUUUAGUGAAGUUUACCUUUAAGUUAAGAGCCCUUCUUGUUACAUUAUUAGUUCAAAUUCUGAUCGAAAGGAUGAAGUUGCAGCAGAUUAAAUCAGAUGCACACACUGGCUCAACAUCAACACAACGAUGCUGAUGUUAGGAUGUGUAUACAUUGCAAUUGCAAUCAUAACCCUAUUUUGCAAUAAUAUUACCAACUAAAGAUUUGUUACUUAUCAUGCAGCACUAAUAGAGACAGAUGCCCUUCUUUUUAUUUCUGCACACAAAACUGUGCAUUUGUGAGUUCUUUUUUUUAGCAUUAGAGUACAUUAGAAACAGAGAAAAACCUGUAGACAAGUAUGGACUAUCAUUUUACACGUGUUACACAUUCUUCAAAGCAGGGCUUCUGCUUUGUGAAAUUCUUACUCUAUGUUUUCCUCCAAAUAUCUUUUUCUCUCAUUGCCACGAACAUAACAUUAUAUGUUGUCUCAAGAGCUUCAUUUAUCAUCAAACACCUAAUACUAAUACAAAACGAAAGUUCCCAAAAGAGUUAUGCACAGCAGGUAAGACAUUACCUGCUCAUAACCUCUCAACAGAACCCUAGUUUGAAAAUUUAAAACCUGUGAUUGUGAGUUCAGAGUUUUACAUUUUAGGUGUUGGUAAUGAUGUUCAUCUCUAAUUUCACACAGGGACAUAAAAGCCAAAAUGUUUUGAUUUUUCCCUGAUUGUUGCUGGGUAUUAUGAAAAUGUCAAUGUGAUAUAUAUUAUUAGACUUAGUUUUGAUACUUUAUAUUUUAUAUCAAUUGUUUUUUAUUCUUGCGUCUUUUGGUUGCCACUGGGUAAGAUCCUUCACAUUUGUGUUCCAUCUUUUUCUACAGGGAAGUUUUAAAGGUAUGAAAGUGGGGUCCAAACUAUUUCCCAGCAACAUGUUUUCAGACAAUUUAAUUUCUCAAUCAGACAUAUGUCAUCAAACUGUCAGCCUUGUUAAAUUCACAUCCCUACUGUUUGCAGAGCAUUUGAAAAAUUGUGUUCAUUUUAAUUUAAUUACAUUGUGCAUUGUAUGGAAUCUAAAAUUAAGUUAGUUGUUUUUCUACAUCCUGACUCUUUAUUCCGGGUACUUAUAACUAUGUUUUGGAGCAAUAUCAAUCACGUACAAACUACUUAAAUGUACCUUCAUGCUAUAAUGUGUUUGUAACUGCAACAGUUUCUGUAUAUAAGCUGUAUUUUGAUUAACUUUAACUUUAUUUUUGAUUUUAACAAAUAGAAUUAGUAGAUCAAAUUAAUUUAAAAUCUUAAGUUAAGGUAUCUGUUGAUAGUAAUUUCAGAAUCAGCUUUAUUGCCAAGUUCGUACAUACAAACAAAGAAUUUGACUCCGGUACACUUCUUCAAUGGGUUCAGUUCAGAAACAAGCUUCACAUCCUCCUCUCCUGCUCAC